AUGGAAGAUAUAUAUUAUCCUGAGGUAGAUGUUGAAUAUCUCGAGGACUACGUGCCCGGCGGAUACCAUCCAACUCUCAUCGGAGAUACGUUCUGUAGUGGCCGGUACACUGUCGUUCACAAGAUUGGCUUUGGUGGAUAUUCAACGAUUUGGCUAGCCCGGGAUCAGCAAUGCCUGCGCUACGUAUCGCUAAAGAUACUGACUGCGAGAGUAUCAUCAGAUAGCCACGAGAGGGAUAUUCUCCACUGCCUAAUGAAGAGUGACCAUACUCACGCUGGAAUGCGAUUCAUAGCGCCGCUACUAGACCAAUUCUCGUUUAAUGGUCCAAAUGGACAUCGCUGGUGCUUAGUCGGAAAGCCUGCCAGUGGGAGUAUUGCCCAGUCUAAAGAGAACAGCUUAAAUCUCAUGUUUCCACCGAACGCUGCUAGAUCUAUUGCCGCCCAGCUGCUCUUGGGGUUAUCUUACUUACAUGCAAACGGCAUAUGCCAUGGAGAUCUUCAUUUACGUAACUUUCUCCUAUGUAUACCUGACUUUGAUAGCCUAAGCAUAGCUGAGCUAUAUAAGCGCUUCGGUAAACCCUAUGAGGUUCCUAUCCGACGAGUAGAUGGAAAAUCUGGCGAACCCCACGCACCGCCGCAUGCCAUUUACUCCAUGGUCUUAGGCACGCCUGCUAACGAGGUGGAUAAUCCGGAAAUCAUUAUCUCGGACUACGGAACUUCCUUCAAUAUAGCAAACACACCCAAACCAACUCUCCACACCCCAGCGCUCUAUUCUCCACCAGAAGACUUUUUCAACGAACCCAUCAUUCACCCUACCUCGGCUGAUAUAUGGACCCUAGGUGUCAAUAUGUACGAGGUCUUAGGCGAGCGUCCACUCUUCGAAACAUUUGCCUGCGACCGAGAUGAUAUUGUCGCCGAAAUGAUAAAUACACUGGGCCAACCGCCGGCGAGAUGGUGGAAAUCUUGGCACAAACGUUGCGAAUUCUUCAACGAGGAUGGGUCAUGGAUCGAUGACUUUCACCGUAUAAGCACCCUAGUCUUCCGGCGUCUACACCAGCGCCUCUGGGACAUGGGGCGUGGCGAGACACAGCAGACGUGUGAAUGGGACGUUGCAGGUGGGGAACUACGUGCGUUGGAGGACUUACUUAGAGCUAUGAUGAUGUUUGAACCGGCAGAACGACCUACAGCGGACCAACUCCUGGGGUCUGAGUAUAUGGUGAAAUGGGCGUUGCCCGCAUGGGAGAGGCAAAAGAGGCAGAAGAGGCAGGAAAUUACCCACCCUGCAUGCGCAGAUCAGAAGGAUUAG